AUGAAAUUAGCAGUUCUAAUAGCGAUAAUAGUAUCAAUUGGACUCUGUUAUAGAACACCACAAUAUGAGAAUAUGUAAGCACUCAUAGUUCAAUAUGCUGGUGGUCAUAUAUUAGAAGCCUAAGCAGGAGUUCCUAGAUAAGUAGUUGUGGAUGUAAAAUUCAAGAAAACUUUCGAAGUAGCUCCUUAAGUUUUUAUUUCAUCAUAAUUACUUGAUUGGGCUGCUGGUUUACCUUAAGGAUAUAUGGAAAGAGUUAGUGAUAUCACAACAACAGGUAAUAAUUUUUUAUUAUUUAAAUAAUAAAGGAUUCAAAUUAAGUGGAGUUGCAGUUGGACCAUCUCCUGUUUAUUCGUUAUUUGUUAUUUGGUAUGCAAUUUACGAUCCAAGAGUUUAAGUCGUUACAUUUGAAUCUACAGAUGUAAAAGAACUAAAAACAGGUUAAGGUGAAAGAAAAAUAUCAUUUACAAUUNGGUACUAUUUUAAUUAUUAAGGAUCUAAUAUAAAUUCUGAACAAUUAUUUUUUAUUAUGCAUUAAAUAUUAUUUAAAUUUUAAUUCUAUACAAUCCAAUUAAAAUGA